UAUACAUGCAUGUGUACUAACCCAAUCAUUCACCUCCUCAACCCAUCAUAUCCUUCACAUAUCGAUUUUUCUUCAACCCCUACCUCCUCGGCGAGUAUGGCCAAACGCUUCCAGUUGAACCCAAAGCCCUUCAGUACUGACCCACCAGCCGAUCCUCUCAAAAGGGUCUCUCUGAUCCCAAGAUCCGCCGAGCAGAAGCUGACUGAUAACCUAGGCGAGAGGCGUCCCGUACCCGCGAAAACUCACGAAGACGGUGAACAAUCAGAUGGUCACCAUGUUGCUCCUCCUCCCAAAACUGUGGAACCUACUAAGGUGAUGGAUCAUGAGACCGAGAAGAAGGGUUCCAUUACCCCUAAGACCGCACAUCAUCCUCACUCAUCUGAGGAUAUCGUCGCUGCCAAUAGUCGACACUCUUUGGUGCCGAGAUCACUGGGUGACAACUCUCUCGGUGGAAGAUUUGGACCGGGAAAGAAACAAGCUUUCCAUAGAAAUGGGAGACCCAUGUUUUCACUUUCUGAUGACAGAGUGAUGGCUGAUAGAGUCUUGAAGACUCAUAGUCCAGACAUGAUCUUCUUUGAUGUCAAAUCACUUCUCUCCGUUGUUGACGACAUCUUCAAGUCUCAUGUCCCAUCCAUCGACUCCUCUGCUCCUAAGCCGUCACUCGUUUUCAAGGACUAUGCUGACCAUGUCUCCUUUGAAACUUUCGCGGACCUCAUCGAUCAAAUCUCUUGCGAGAUCGAGUGCAAGUGUCUUCAUGGAGGUGAGUCUCACGGUAUGAGGACAACAGGGCUUCAUUUAGACAGUCGCAAUACGACGACGUUCUCUGUUCUGGGCAUGGUCUCCAAAUACCGCUGGGAUGCUAAGCUAGUCCUUAUCCUAGCCGCUUUGGCCGUGAAAUACGGCGUUUUCCUCCUCCUGGCGGAGACAUACGCAACAAAUCAGCUCACUAAAUCUCUGGCACUCAUCAAACAGCUGCCUAGCAUCUUCUCUAGGCAGAACGCGCUACACCAGCGUCUCGACAAGACCCGAGUUCUGAUGCAAGACAUGGUUGAUCUCACCACUACCAUCAUCCAGAUCCAUCAACUCCCACCUCACCACAUCACACCCGCGUUUACCGAUCAUGUCCCCACUGCAGUUUACUGGAUUAUUCGCUGUGUUCUGAUCUGCGCUUCUCAUAUCAGUGGCGCCAGCGGUUUCAAGCAGGACCAAAUCAUGUCGUUUAUGGAAGUUUCGGAGAUACAUGAGAAUAGUGAAAGGCUUAGGAAGAUCAAUGCUUAUCUGCUAGAACAACUCAAGAAGAGUCACCUGACCAUAGAGGAUGGUAUCAUGGAAGAAGAGUAUCAAGAACUCAUUCAGACAUUCACUACUAUCAUUCACAUUGACGUUGUUCCUCCUCUCAUUCGUCUUCUCAGACCCAUUGAUUUUCUUUACCAUGGAGAUGGUGCUUCCAAGAGACGCGUUGGGAUCAAUGUGCUCACCCAAAAGCACGUGCUUCUUCUUGUAUCUGACCUAGAAAACAUCGAAAAAGAGCUCUACAUCCUCGAAUCUCUCUACACAGAAGCCUGGCAGCAAUCAUUCGAGAUUCUAUGGGUCCCAGUUCAAGAUUUCUGGACAGAAGCCGAUGAUGCUAAGUUCGAGUCACUUCAUUCCAACAUGAAGUGGUACGUUCUUGGAGAGCCUCGGAGGUUAAGGAGAUCUGCUGUGAGGUUUAUGAGACAAUGGUGGGGAUUCAAGAACAGACCUAUACUCAUUGCACUUGAUCCCAAAGGUCAAGUUAUGUCCACUAACGCUUUCCCCAUGGUCUGGAUCUGGCAACCCUACGCCCAUCCAUUCACGACCUCAAGGGAACGUGAUCUCUGGGGUGAGCAGGAGUGGAAUCUUGAGUUCUUGAUUGAUGGCACUGAUCCUCACUCCCUCAACCAGCUUGUUGAAGGAAAAUACAUAUGUAUCUAUGGGGGAGAAGACAUGCAAUGGAUCAGAAACUUCACGAGUCUGUGGCGUCGUGUCGCAAAAGCCGCAAACAUUCAACUCGAGAUGGUUUAUGUUGGGAAAAGGAACCCUAAGAAGGGAAUCGAGCCGAUAAUCAACACAAUCAGAGAAGACAACCUCAGCCACACACUUCCGGACUUGUUCCAGAUCUGGUUCUUCUGGACGAGGAUCGAGAGCAUGUGGGAGUCGAAGCAACGGAUGCUAAAAGCCCACGGAACCAAAGGGUUUAAAGAAGAGGAAAAGGACCUUGUUCUGCAAGAAAUCGUUGCUUUGUUAGGUUUUGGAGGAGAAGGAGAUGGGUGGGGACUGGUGAGUAAAACUUCCGACUUGAUGGUUCGUGCCAAAGGUAACUUGUUUUCGAAUGCUUUGGCUGAAUAUAACGAGUGGGAAGUCAACAUUCCCGCACAUGGUUUUCUGAAAGCGCUCAAUGACCAUCUCUUGAUGCGUAUCCCACCCCACCACUGCACAAGGUUCAUGCUUCCUGAGACUGCUGGGAUUAUACCCAAUGAGGUCGAGUGCACCGAGUGCCGUAGGACCAUGGAAAAGUAUUACUUGUACCAAUGCUGCCUUGAGUGAGAUCGAUCCGACAAUAUUGGUUUGGAAGCUUCUACAACAUUCUAAUAAAACCAAAGUUUGCGUCUUUUUCUCCUUCAAAUAAUUUCUCUCGUGUUUCUCUACUUCAUGUUGUUGUUGUUGCCGUUGCUUCUGGUCUAUGAACGAAGUAUAUUUGUACUAAAAUUUGUUCAUUUGUGAUUUGAAAAAUAAAAUACAAAGAAUUUAUGUA